AUGCCUUCGCUAGUCGGCAACGCACUAACAGCUGCAGGUCUGGAGAAGGACUACUACAGCUGUAAUAACACCAGCAAUAUCAACGACUGUAGCAACAUCAAUAAUAUCAACAGCUGUAAUAACACCAGCAAUAUCAACGACGGUAGCAACAUCAAUAAUAUCAACAGCUGUAACAACACCAGCAAUAUCAACGACUGUAGCAACAUCAAUAAUAUCAACAGCUGUAACAACACCAGCAAUAUCAACGACUGUAGCAACAUCAAUAAUAUCAACAGCUGUAACAACACCAGCAAUAUCAACGACUGUAGCAACAUCAAUAAUAUCAACAGCUGUAACAACACCAGCAAUAUCAACGACUGUAGCAACAUCAAUAAUAUCAACAGCUGUAACAACACCAGCAAUAUCAACGACUGUAGCAACAUCAAUAAUAUCAACAGCUGUAACAACACCAGCAAUAUCAACGACUGUAGCAACAUCAAUAAUAUCAACAGCUGUAACAACACCAACAAUAUCAACGGCUGUAGCAACAUCAACAAUAUCAACAGCUGUAACAACACGAACAGUAUCAACGGCUGUAGCAACACCAACAAUAUCAACAGCUGUAACAACACCAACAAUAUCAACGGCUGUAGCAACACCAACAAUAUCAACGGCUGUAACAACACCAACAAUAUCAAUGGCUGUAGCAACACCAACAAUAUCAACAGCUGUAGCAACACCAACAAUAGUAACAGCACCAACAACUGCAACAACAACUAUAGCAACACCAGCAAUAUCAAGAACAAUAGUAAAAACACCAACAAUAGCAAUAACAACUGUAACAAAACCAAGAAUGACAACACCAACAACAACAGCGUGAACAUCCCCCAGCAGAGGGCAAGGUCGCAGAACAAGUUGCCAUGGAGACGAAAUGAUAUACGUGACAUCACACUUGUACAAAAUCCUGCAAACAUUUAUAAUUUCCAAGUACCAUUCGUGGCUGGAAUAGACACCCACAACACAUAA